UGCAUGUACAUUUCAUCUGGCUCAGUUUUUUCCAGUUAUAUGGGGGGGAGGAAUGGUAAAACUUCGACCAGGUUAGUGGUUAUGAAAGAAACUCAAGCAAAAUCUAUUUCAAGAUUAAUUUUGUUGUAACUUAAUCAAAUUACCAAUCCGUGCUGGGCAAUCUACUUCAAUUUGGGUCUGUGAGUCCCUUAAGCAAGAUGGAUCUGACAACAGGCCUGUUAAAGAUGAUGGGCGUUAAUUUUACAUUAAUUACAACAGCCUGUGGGAUUGGGUCUCAUGGGAGCCCUUGUGUGUGAAGGGCAUUUGACCUGCUUUGCAUGCAGUUGCCAGGCACAUUGUAAACAGUCUUUCUUUCCAGAUCCAUACAAACAGGAAUGUACUAGGAGGGGAAUCCAGUGCCAUCCAAAGGCAAUUUGUCAGCAGGAUGAAGUGAAAAACUAUUUCUAUUGCCAGUGUCUGCCAGGAUAUGGAGGUGAUGGGACUAAUUACUGUCAAGACCCUGGCAUCAGCAUAACAGCAUUCAAUAAAACUGCUUGUGAUGCCUUUGGAGAGCAAGUUUGUCUCAUCAGAGUAACUCCUGGAAGGAAAAUCACUUUCCAAAUCUCUGUGUCUGGGGACUACCAGCCAUACAUGAUCGGUUGGUACAAAUUCUACUCUGCCCAAGGACCCCAGUCCCAUGGUUAUCGAAGCAGGCUGGAACUGACUGCUGAGCUGUUCCCAAAGAUGGCUCUGGCCAAUCACCAUCUGGAUCUGAAGUUGUUUUCUAUUGAUGAGGAUGAUUUUUACCCAAAUAUGUUCUGGGCUGAAUUGGCCACAGCAAGGUUGCCUGAUAAACAGGCAUGGAUUGAAGCUUAUGAUUUUACUGACUUCGAGAGGUUAAAUCCCUCCCACUUGAGAUACUUUUUUGUACUGGAAAGGCUGCCAAUAGAGGUUGGUGAGUUCUUGGAAGGAGACACCUUUACCAUACAGCUGCCUCAGUCUCUCCAGCUGUCUCCCAUCAGCUUUGUGAAGUGGAUGAAGCAGCCCUCCUCCCUGAUGCUCUUUGGUUCCAACACUGUAGUGCUGGCCAAUGGGACAGAGGGGAUUGAGAUGAAAAGAGUAAGGAAUAGUGAAUUUGGUUACAUCCGAGCUCUUGUCUAUGAUUUCAUCCCUGGUGUUCCUGGAAGGGUUGUGGUUGCCCAGAGGCUAUUCUUCAUAAAGAAGGAUAUCAGCAAAGUAUGCAGCGGGUCUUCAGGUGAAAAGUACUGUCACUGUAACCCUGGAUUUGAGGGAAACGGCAGCCACUGUGUGGACAAAGAUGAGUGUAUGGAAAGAAUGCCCCGGAAGUGCCCCCCCAAGGCUAACUGCAUCAAUUUGUAUGGAUCCUACCGUUGUCAUUGCCCAGCAGGAUUUGAAGGAGAUGGAUUGUACAGCUGCACAGAUAUAGAUGAGUGUGCAAGAGGCACCCACAACUGCAAUCAGGAUGCUACUUGUCUGAACACCCUUGGCUCCUAUUUCUGCAUGUGUCAGAGUGGGUUUAUUGGUGAUGGAGUUCACUGUGAAGCAAAAAGCAGGUGGUUGCCAUGGUCUCCAUGGUCUGUGUGCACAGUCACCUGUGGGUACCAGAACCAGAUACGGAUCCGCCUGUGCAACCAUUCAAAGAGUGGGAUGCACUGUGAGGGGUCAUCUGCUGAUGUCAAGCUCUGUCCCAGUCUGGAACCAUGCCCUACAGCAAACAGUCAGUGGUCAGAAUGGUCACCUUGGUCAGCAUGUUCACACACCUGCUCUGGGAUUAAGAAAAGAAUCCGGAUGUGCAACAGUCCCACUCCCUCCCAAGGAGGCUUGCCCUGUGCUGGGUUAAAGGAGGAAAUCACCUUGUGCAACAAAAGAUGCCCAGUUGAUGGAAUGUGGUCCCCAUGGACACCUUGGACUCCUUGUCUUGUCUCUUGUGGGCUGGGAGUGGUGAGCCGUUCUCGUUGGUGCAAUAAUCCUGCCCCACAGCACGAAGGAAAAAACUGCACUGGCCAUGGACAUGAGGAAGGCACCUGUGGAUUUCCAGUAAGUCACACACAACUGUCUGCUAAAAGAUUUUAUGCUUGUACAAUCUAUUCCAUCUGUGUGCAUACUGGAUGUGCGUAUUUAUUUAAAUGCCAGUCCCAAGUUAUUGCCUGUUACAUUGGAACAAAUUCCUAUUAUUUGUAUAAAUAUCCUAGAUGCACAGCAUCUUUCAAUGAUAUAGAUGAAUUGUAUUCCCCUCUACCUGUACCAGAAAUGGUGAAAGGGAGGCAGCUUUUAAGGGGCUGCUAUUGGAAACAUUGAAAAUGACUGGAGGUGGCCCAUUUCAUAGCUGCUGCCGCUCCUGCCUUUCAAUAACAGCCCUAACACUGACCGUUACAAGCUCUGAGGAUGAGGGGAGCUAGUCCAUUGACAGGCACUACUGCUAUAAUAGCCCAUACUAAUAGUGUUGGGUGCUUGAGGAACUCAUGUUUAUAUAAGUGCACAAACAGGAAAGUGCUCAACCCUUUCUUCAGUCCUGCGACUACAGACUUAACUGGAAAGCCCUGUGCUUCUUGGGGAAGGAGUAAUGAGCUACAGAGAGAUUCAGUGAUUAAGCAGCCAGAUAAAAAUAUUAUUGGUAGUAUAGCAGUAUUGUUGUGUUAUAUGAUGAUAAUACCCCACUCUACAUUAGUUUGUAUUUUGGGAGUUGUAGCCUCCCCCACCAACUAUCCACAGAAGUGAAGGAGAAACAGGCCGAAGUGGUUCUGGACCAUAAAAGCUGCCACUGACUGGGUCAGACCACAGGUCUACCUCACCCAAGGGCAGGGAGCACAAGCUGAAAGGGAGAGAACUAAACAUAGCCCCCAACUUGCGGCCUCCAGCAUUUCAGGCCAGGGAGGUUGAUGCAGAGGCCUUGCCCCUACCUCACUCAAUAGCUGCUGAUGCAGCGGAACGGGAGCACGUCUGGUCCCUUCCAGCCCUA